UAAAUGUUACAUUUUAGAUGUUUCAUCUUUAAAUGGUCACAAAAUUCUUUGGCAAGAUUGUCAAGAAACAGUUAGUCCUUCUGUUGAAUUUGAUGGCACUCCUUACAUCAACAUAGGAUGGAUGGUAAAAGAAUGUCACCAUGGACCAGAUAGACAGAGGAGAGCAAAGGAGAAAAAAAAACAAAGAUGUAAACCUGGAGACCAUGAUUACUCUAAUAAAGGAAAAGCACGUAAGAAAAUCCAAAUGUCUAAAAAGCAAGCUUGUCCAGCAACAAUAAGAAUAAGAGCCAUCAUGAAAUUCCCUGAUUUCAAGGUAGAUUCAUAUAACAACAAAUUGAUGAAAAGGAAGAUAUCUAGAAAUCUCAAACAAGCUUUUGCGAACAGAGACACAAUUCAAAAAUCCCUUGUUUAUUUGGUGUCAUAUCCAAGUGUCAAAGACCACAAGAACCACCUUACUGGAGAGUUUGCAGGAUUUACUCAGCGCAUUGAUCCGAGAUUAGUUACACGCAUAAAAGAACUUGUAGCUGAUGGGGUGAGAAAUGUUUCUGAAAUGAAGAGACACCUACUAAUCUCUGUGAAAAAUGACUUAUGUCCAGAUGAGGAUAUUCCCAGAACUAACAGAAGAUUUUUUCCAUUGGACAAGGACAUUAAAAACCACAUGGAUAUUGCCAUUAACAGCUUGAGGUUUUCCAAAGAUGACCAGCUGAACCUCGAGUCUCUGGUGGAGACCUGGCAAGAGAGUAAUCCAGAGGACAACUUCUUCCUUAGGACAUCAUAUGAUACCACUACCCAUGGAGACAUUCCAUCAGAGGACUUUCUGUUUGUUCACCAGACCACCUGGCAAAAACGUCUCUUAAACUUGUAUGGGAGAGACAUUUGCAUCAUGGAUGCCACAUAUAAGACCUCAAAGUAUGCCCUUCCUCUUUUUUUCAUUUGUGUGCAAACUAAUGUUGGGCAUUCCAUUUGUGGUUCUUUUGUUGUUGUGACCGAAACAAAAAAGUCUAUUCAGGAGGGCUUAAAAAAAAUUAAGGAAUGGAAUCCGGGAUGGAAUCCUAGCUAUUUCAUGACUGACUAUGAUGAAAGGGAAAUCCAAGCAGUUGAGGAAGUAUUUGAAGACUGUACUGUAUAUCUGUGUUCUUUUCAUCGUGAACAAUCAUGGACACGGUGGUUGAAACAGAUAAAGCAUGGCAUUGGUUCAAAUCAGGAUGAGGUUAUUGAACUGUAA